UCAGCGUGUUUAACUUGUGCUCCAGUGAUGAAGGUUGUUCUGUUCCUCCUCUCCCUCACGGUGUGUCUGAAGUCUUCCUGUGUCCUGGCGAAGGCUUUGGAGUUCUUCAUUGCAGCAGUGGAAACUAAGUGGGAAUAUGUGUUUACAGACACAACAGAUCCUACUGCAAACCAAAGGAAAUUUGCAUCUGGUGUCCAGAAAUACAUCAAGGCUGUAUAUACAGAAUACACCGAUUCCACUUUUACAGCACCAAAGUCAAAACUUCCAUGGGCUGGUAUUCAAGGCCCGACUAUCAGAACAGUGGUGAACGACAGGGUUGUGGUGCACUUCAAAAACUUUGCAUCACAAUCUUUCAGUAUUUCUCCCAUCGGCAUUCAGUACUGGAAACAAUCGGAAGGCGCUGGGUACGAGGACUCCAGUUCUGUUCAGGAGCGAGCGGAUGAUGCAGUGCCUCCUGGUGGUUACUACAAGUACGUGUGGGACAUUUCACCCAACUCCGGGCCAACCACAUCGGAUCCAGACUGCCUCACCUACAUUUACUCAUCACAGGUGGACAUCGUCCGAGACUUCAACAGCGGACUCGUCGGGACUCUCUUGAUCUGUAAAACAGAGGCUCUAACUGAGGAGAGACAGCGGAAGGUUCCAGAGUUCAUUUUGCUUCUUGCUGUCUUCGAUGAGAGUAAAAGUUGGUACCGGGAAGUUGGCCGAGCAGACAAACUGAAGAAAACAUCAAGUCCAACCCAGUACCACACCAUCAAUGGAUACAUCAACUCAACAUUACCAGGUCUAACUGUGUGCCAGAAGAGUCCAGUAGUGUCCUGGCAUCUUAUUGGUCUUGGCUCGACCCCAGAGAUCCACAGCAUCCAGUUUGAAGGACACACAUUAAAGGUGUUCAACCAUAAGCGGGUAACUGUAGAGAUGACGCCCAUGACCUUCACUACAGCCCUCAUGAAGCCAUCUGCUACCGGAAAGUUUCUGAUCUCUUGCGAGAUCCACUCUCAUCAGACGGCUGGUAUGAAUGCAUUCUUCACUGUUGACAACUGUCCUGAACCUGUGGUGGCCCCAAUCCCAGACAAACGAAACGUCAUACGUGAUGAUGAGGAGGAGGAGGAGGAUGAAGACAACAUGAUCUCCAUUGUGUUCAAGCAAGGAGGCCCUGUAUCAGUGCUUCGAUCGAGUGCCAAGGGAAGACCUAAAGUGUGGGUUCAUUACAUCGCUGCAGAGGAGAUGGACUGGGACUAUUCGUCUCAAAGCGGCGAUCGGACUUCAUCGUCGUCAGCAGCAGGAUCUGAGUGGUUCAGAAAAGGUCCUCAGCGCUUGGGUGGUGUUUAUAAGAAAGUGGCUUUCGUGGAGUACACAGACAAGACCUUCACUAAGAAGAAAACCACUGGCAAAAUGCUGAUGGGCCCAGAGCUCAGAGGGGAAGUGGGAGACAAAUUUCAGAUUGUUUUUAAAAAUAUGGCCAGUCGACCAUUCAAUCUUUAUCCAAAUGGCCUGACCAGUGUUCAGCCUUUGAAGAACACAAACAAAGACAAACCGGUGGACCUUCGUUCUUUGGACGUUCCCCCAGGUGAGAUAAUGAUGUACCUCUGGAAACUGACAGCUGAAGAUGGACCCACAGAAGCUGACCCACGAUGCCUCACGCGCUUAUACCAGAGUAUGGUGGAUCCCAUCCGGGACGUGGCAUCUGGGCUGGUGGGACCCCUUAUCAUCUGCAAAUCCCAAUCUCUGGACAAAAGAGGCAGAGUGGUAACUUCAGAUAAAGAGAAGAAGCUCUUGUUCACUGUGUUUGAUGAAAACAGAAGCUGGUACUUUGAGGAGAACAUGAAAAAAAACAGUGAAGAUCCAACUAAGAUUGACCGCAAUGAUCCAGAUUUCUACAAUUCUAAUGUCAUGCACACUGUUAACGGGUUCAUGUUCAACCACCUACAAUUCAGGAUGUGUGUUGGCGAUGUCAUACUCUGGCAUGUGGCAAGCAUUGGCAUACAAAACAACUUCCUGUCAGUCUACUUUACAGGAAACACGUUUGAGAGGGAUAAAACAUAUGGCACUGUCCUCACACUCUUCCCAAUGACUGGAGACACAGUCACCAGUGAAGUGGAGAUGCUAGGUGAAUGGGAGGUCAGCGCAUUUGACCCGUCUCUGAAACAGCGAGGCAUGAGUGUUCGCUACACGGUUGUUAACUGUGAAAGAGUCCUACCUGUGGUGGACAAUCAAGACUACGAUGACGAAUUAAAUGAAUUCAUUGAACAGAAUUUCCCGAUUCCACGAGGCACAAUGGAAAAGGACCGCACUAUCGCUGUUCACGUGUGCCGAAACAGAACUGUGACAGACUCUGCGAUUGGGCGAGAAAACAUGAGCUCAGACACUGAGAGACAAAACAGAACUCGUGUGUGUGAGAUAAGAUAUAUUCCCAUAAAGCGAGAAAACGAUCUGGAUGUGCUAUCACAGGGCGGUAUUCCACAGGAUAUUUUGGAUCAACUGGACGGGGAGAUGAGCGGAAAUUCAUUGGAACGUCAAAAAAGGUCCCACCAUGAAUCUGAGCCUUACAGAAGAAGGCCAAAUGUGAUUGAUCCUACAGUCAUAUCAAAUACAGCAGAAAACAAGGCAUUAACAGGAGAACAUCAAAAUAUGAACAUUGCAAACAUACAGUUGAAUGAAGAUGAUGACAAUAAAACUCAUCCAACAAAUGACCUAUUUCGAAAAUUACUUUUUAAAGAUAAAAACCUGUUGAACCACCAACUUCUAAACGACUCUACGGAAGAGAAAUCAGAGAAAGUGAGGAAUCGAAGGGAGUUGUGGAGCGUCAGCAAAGACAAAAUAAACAAAGUGGAUGCGAAAGUUCAGAACAACAAUGAAGUUCUGAAAGACUCUGGAAGUUCUGGUCUAAAGCAGGAUAAUAUGGAGGAAAAUUUGAAUCUUCAUAGCUAUGACUACAAAGAUCCAAAGAAGUUCCAACCAGAUUUGGAAUCAGUUUUGGAGCCAGUGUCAAAUUCAUCAGAUAACCAGACCUAUGGCAGGAAAUCACUGGUAAGUGACUAUGAUGAUUAUGGCGAUGAAGGAAGUGUUCUCGGUUUGGAGCAUCAUGUUGAAGAUAAUGUCGGCAUUAGGUCCACGGAAUCAAGGUUCAGAAGUUACUAUAUCGCAGCAGAGGAAAUCAUGUGGGAUUAUGGGAUCAAUAAACCAGCUCAACUCAUCAAACCAAGGGACAUGCGGAGGGGAAUGAGAAAAUAUUUCCCAGCCUAUAAAAAAGUGGUUUUCAGAGCCUAUCAGGACAGAGAUUUCAAGCAUCCAAUCAAACGAGGAGAACUGGACGAGCACCUCGGCAUUAUGGGUCCUGUGUUGAAGGCAGAAAUCAAUGAUGUUCUUACUGUGGUUUUCAAGAACCUGGCAUCCAGACCGUACUCUUUCCACUUGCAUGGGGUGUACGAUAAGACGCAGGGGAGUUUUAGCCCUGGAACGGGCCCAGAAGGCACCAAGGCCGAACAAGUACCAGGUGAUCCAGUUCCUCCAGGGGAGGAGAGGGUUUACAACUGGAGAAUCUCCAGACGACAAGGUCCCUCAGCGUCAGAGUUUGACUGCAAGGCUGGAGCAUACUACUCCGACGUUAACAUGGAGAAGGACAUAAACUCUGGUCUAAUCGGUCCAAUGCUGAUAUGUCGUCCUGGUAUCCUUCGUCCACGCGACUUGCUUCAGCCCGACGUGAUGGAUUUCUUCCUUCUCUUCACCACCUUUGAUGAAAGAAAGAGCUGGUACCUCGACUACAACACCAGGAAGUUUUGCACCCCUCCCUGCCAGGCCAAAGUAGAUGACCCCUGGUUUGAGAUGAGCAACAAGUUUGCGGCUAUUAAUGGCUAUGUGUCAGAGACGCUUCCUGGCCUGAUAGUUGAACAGUACCGGACGGCUCGCUGGCACCUCCUCAACGUUGGGAGUCAAGGCGAGUUUCACGCCAUACACUUUCACGGACUGCCGUUCGGAGUCGGAAAAAAUCAGGAACACCGUAUGGGAGUUUUCAAUCUCUAUCCCGGUGACUGGAAGCCAAGUUUAGCCAGACUUGAGUUAUCUGGCUCUAUUAAUGCCUGGAUGGGCAGCGGCACAGACUCCUGGCUCCAGGUGGAUCUGCUGAGGCCCAUGCUUCUUCAUGGCAUUCGGACUCAGGGUGCAAAGACCUCGAUGGGUUUGAGCGAGUAUUUCACUAUCCUGUACACCGUCAGUUACAGCAUCGACCAGGAGAACUGGACUACCUACCGAGGAAACAGUACCAAGUCAUCUUACACCUUCAAUGGAAACAUGGACGGUUCCAGAAUAAAGGAGAACUUGUUUUCUCCACCCAUUGUGGGUCGCUACAUCCGAAUUCACCCACUGACUUUUCAGAAGCAGCCCACGCUGAGGAUUGAGCUGCUGGGAUGUGACCUUAAUAGUUGUUCUAUGCCGCUGGGAAUGGAGCGCAGGUUGAUUCCCAGCAGCAGCAUCAGUGCCUCCUCAUUCUUAAACAAGUGGUUACUGUCCUGGAGUCCCGACCUCGCUAGACUCCACCAGGAGGGGCGAGCAAAUGCAUGGAGACCCAAGACUAAUAACCCUCAUGAGUGGUUACAGGUGGACUUUCUCUCUGUGAAGAGAGUGACCGGGGUGGUCACACAGGGGGCCCGAUCUGUCCUGAAACCAAUGAUAGUCACUGAAUUUACCGUCUCUAUUAGCAAUGAUGGUCACAAAUGGUCCAGUGUGAAGGAGCAGGGAACAGACAGUGAAAAGAUCUUUGAGGGAAACAGCGAGCAUGAUGAAGAGGCGCUGAACGUGUUUGAUCCUCCCCUGUUCGCUCGCUUUAUACGGAUUCACCCGAAAGGCUGGGUCAACGAUAUUGCCCUGCGGCUGGAGUUUUUGGGCUGUGACACUCAACCCUUUGAGAGAAAGUGAGAUCGAUCCAUUGUGGUUGAAAGACACCGUUUUUGACUUUGUCUAAAUGUCUAAAAACCACACGGCUCUGUUCCAAACUAUACGUUUGCAUCAUAGUAUGUGACUGAUCUGCUAGGCCGGUCUGGUGGUUUUAGAGUGGUUUUGUGCACUUGUCAGCUGGGAGACUGCCUAUGAUGCCAAAAAAUGCUGUCUAGGUAGGCAGCUCACUUUGGCUUUGAACAGAGCCCACAUAAGCACUACAUAGGUUUAUCUCUAGAACAGGUUUUUGUCAUGUGAUAUGAUGAUUUAUGUGUUUUGAAUCUGGUUGGUUGUAUGUUCUUAGUGUUCUGAUCAGUACUCUGCUCAUUUUACUGUCUGCUUUUGAGUUAUUAUUAUAGAAAAUAAAUUACCAAUAUCUAUUUUUCUAAUAAAUGUACCCUUGCAUAUGAAAACUCACAGAAGAUUGUUUGUUUGGUUAUUAGAUGUUUGUAUAUUCUGGACUGGAAUAACUACGGAAUCCGCCAUAUGCUGUACUUUUGUAUUUUGCACUGUGAAACAGGAGGGAGAUUAUUUUUUUCCCCAAAUAUUUAAUGUUUAAUUGUGGAAAUAAGACUAUGAAAAUGCCUUGAUUUUCCCAGCGUCUUUGUGCUUUGUGUUUCUUUGACAAAUAUUAUUCUUUCACAGACUGUUUUCUUCCCUUUUGGUGUUUUGCCUGUAAAAGUCAGUGAAUCUGUUUUCAACACCUGGCAUACAGCAUUCUUAUUAUUAUUUAUGACUAUAAUAUCUGCUUCUUCAUCAAAAUGCGCACAUUUAUGCACACGCACACACAAAGUCUCCAUAAAAUGUGUGAAAUUACUGGUGAUGCAGAUUAUUGAAACGUGGUUUAUUGUUCACGGUCACAUCACAAUUCUGCAUGCGGAAAGACAAUGAACAGAGAAGCAAACAGACUUGCAGGCGAAGGGUGGGAUGAAGAGGCCCACAGGAAUACGAUAGCAUUUCCAUGUUCUGGCCGAGAUAAAAAUGGAGCGUACUAUCAGUUCCUGUUUGACAGGAAGUGCUCUGGGGAUGUGUUUAGCUUGGAGGGAAAAUGAAGGCCUGACUCUGAAAGAAGUCUGUGACCUAUUGUGUCACCUGUUAUCUCAUCAAAGGCAAACACUGCUGCUGAGGAACAAACACACGAUUGGAAGCAACUUCACUAACUUUCAUUUCUUUCAUUAGGUCAUUACAAAACA